AUGGCUCCCAACCCGGAAGCCGUGCUUACUUUCUGCCGUAGUUGGGCUUUUACCCUUUUGCUUCUUGCGUACUUCUUUUACCUUGCUGUCGGUGGAGUUAUUUUCAUGGCGCUUGAGCAGUCAGAGCAGGAUUUGCUUGUUGCUGAUGUACAUGAACUUCGAGUGAGGUUUUUGGAGAAGAACCAGUGUGUGAACAAAAGCAGUCUGGAGCAUUUGUUGAGGAAGAUACUCUUAGCUGGUAAACGUGGAGUGGCUGUGUUAAAGGCUGACAGUGAUGAGUAUAACUUUGACUUUACGUCGUCGCUGUUUUUUGUUACGACUUUUCUUACAACAACAGGUUACGGCACCACCGUUCCACUGUCAGACGAGGGCCGCUUGUUCUGUAUACUUUACUGCCUCUUUGGGAUCCCUCUCACUUUCAUCUUGCUGUCCUCUCUCACUCAUGCCCUGGUACCCAGAGUCACCCACUCUCCCAUACACCACCUUCACAUCCACUGGGGUUUACCCUACAACACUGCUGCAGUACUUUAUUGUGGAAUAUUAGCAGUGAGCACAGCAACACUGUUCUUUCUGCUACCUGCUCUCGUCCUCUGUCUGCUGGAGAGAGAAUGGAGCUUUCUAGAAUCACUCUACUACUGCUUCAUCUCGCUCAGUACCAUCGGGUUGGGAGAUUACCUGCCUGGGAGGACACAAAGUCGGGCGGGCCGGCAGGCACUGGAGUUUUUCACUUCCUGUUACUUGCUGCUUGGACUUGUAGUCCUGCUUGUGGUUAUGGAGAGCUUCUGGAAGCUGCAGCAGGUCCAGGCCUUGGUGCGUUUCUUUGUUGGUCCCUGGGUGACUGAGCUACAGGGAGUUGAUCUGGAUGAGCUAGAGCUCAGUGAAGGGCCAGACAGCGACAGUCCAGCAGAGGACACCCGCUACAUGUCUCCUAUCUCCAUCAUCUCACAUUCUCUGCCAACAGCCAAUCCUGUGGAGAAAACAUUUACUCUGGGAUCACUACAUAGAGCAAACUUAGAGAAGAGUGUGCAUCAUUCAUUUAAUCUAUCUGAUAUUCCAGAGUCAGAUCAACCAAACAACUGAGUGGAAAGAAUUGCUCCCACUUUUAAUUUUGUCAUUGAAUGUCUCAUUCUAAUGUAUUAUAAAUAUACCAUCUAAACACACAUUAAUCAGUCUGUGCACUCCUGUUUAUAGUAGCUUAGCUAUCACUGCAACAGAAAUGCAACUUGAUUCCACAGUGAUGUCACCGUGUCUGUAUCAAGCAGAGGCAAGCUUAACUACAUUUCCCAAAAUGCCUUUCUACUGCACCCUCUAGUUUACCUCCCACACUGUCUCUUGAGAUUGAUCUCUCUGCAAGAUACCAUUAUCAUGUUGUCAUUGGUCAAUUUUUUCAGAUCAUUUUUUUUAUAAAUGAAUUUAGGAAAAAAAAA